AUGGUAUUCGAGAGCUUACCGACAGAGCUACGCAUCCUUAUCCUCAGGUCGCUCCCUGACGAACACACAUUAAAAUGUCUGGUCCACGCUUCCCCGGUAUACCACGACACCUACGGCCUAGCCAAAAAGGAUAUUCUCUGUGCGCUUGUCAGGCGACAGUACGGGGUCGUCGGCCUUGAAGAGCCUCUGGCAGCUAUCCACUCGGAGGGUCUUCAUGCCGAGGUGGCCUGCAAUAAGGGCCAGAUAACCACGCUUUUGGAUCAACUCCGCUGCCAUCGAGAAUCCUCACUAGCUUCCUCGGCAGAGGUCCCAGGUACACAGGAAAGCAUAAACCUUCUACACCUCCACCGGAAAUUGAGGUUUCUCCUGAACGCCUACUGUGCACGCGCACCAUGUCCGCCAGGCGUAGACCCCAACACCUGGCAGCAGAAUCUACCCCUACGGCCGUCAGCCACAGAGAAAGCACGGAUCCUCCGCGCGCUCUGUCGGCUACAGACAUACUGCAACAUCUUCGGGUCACGUGAAUGGACUCAGGAACGUCCGUUCGAUCCGACCAUUUCCCUUCCGUGCAAACGGGCCUCGUCGACGUGGUACAGGAAUUUCACCAUCGACCGCAUGUGGAGCCUGUUCUUCGGGGGCAUGCCGACGUGGGAGGUCGAGGAGUUCGGAUCUGUCUGGAUGUUCAUCCGUCACGAAUACAACAACGUGUUUGCUCAGAUCACGCGCGAGUUUCCCAGAUCUGACCCCCGAUGGAGGGCUCUUCGACCCAAUUCAUUACCAGUGGACCCGUGGGAGCUGCAUCCGAGUCCAGAUGCCGACGAUGCUCAUGACUGCAGUAUCUACUGUAACCAUCUAGUUUCGCUAGGUCCCGGCUUCCUCUUCAAGGUGCUUACUCAGCCCUCUAGAGAAGACAGCUGGCGUCUAGUGAUCAGUAAUUCUAUCUCCUCAAAAUCUUCCUUUCAGGAUCUGGUAGAGGUCGUAAGAGAUCCGCACCCGUUACCCACCGCGGACCAGAUACACCCUGAAGAGGAUCUUUCAUCUGUCGUGAUCGAACCCAGUCAGUGCUGGAAACAGCACUGGCAUGACAAGGGGGUUUAUCCCCGCGACGGUAUUUCACUUCCGGCUGAGGAAUCGUCGCCAUCGUCACCACAAGCACAGGACCUGCCUGUACGAGAUCUGGCACAUUUCCAGGGUUGGGAAUGGGGCUACGCGUUUUGGGAUUACGGGCGCAUGCACUGUGGAGUUCAGGUCUUUUGA